AUGGAGCAUAUUCCCCUAGAAUCUCGGCAAUACCAAGUCCCAUUCGAAUACUCCUGUUUUAUCAUGUAUUCUACAUUUGUGAAGUUUCUUGAUAACCCAGAAUCAUUGAAAGUGGAUGUACCUUUAUCCUUUGCUAAUCAAAAGUGGGGAGACUGUUGGGAAAAUUGUAAGCUGCAAAUCUAUCACGAGAGUGGUAAAAAAUGGUUUGUGAGGCUGAGAACACAAAAUUCAAUGCCGGUGAUAACUAAUGGUUGGGAAAGAGUUGUUAAAGAUCUUAAUCUGCCAAAGAAGACGUUGUCGGUUUUCAAACCAAUAGGAGAUUUUGCGCUUGAACUUUCAUAUUUUAUGAAUGGCAUUUGUGGCGAAUCGUACUACACUUUCAUCGUUAUGGAAAAUUGGGUGUUAUGGUAUGACAACUGA